GCCGGACCUGGGGAAGCGAUUUCCUUCCCGAACAGCCUCUCGCUCGGGGUCUUCCCCAGCUCCUCUUCCGCAGAAGCAGCAGCAGCGACCGGAAACUUCUUUUCUUUUGGCAAAGUUGCAGGGAUCGGAGGGGCGCCCCAAGUGGCGGCGUUUCGAACCCAGGGCUUCCUUCGCCGCCCCCCAAGUUACACCCCUCGGCUCCGCCCUGCCCUGCCUUUCCUGCGCCGGCUUCGCGAGCAGCCUGAUCGGAAGAGCGAGCGCGUCGGUGCGGAGAUGGAGCCGCCCCGAGGCUCGUGAAACGGAGAGGAGGGGGCAGCGGCGAAGUGGAGCUUCUUCCUUUCUUUUUCGGCGCGCCGGGCCAGGGCAAAAGCCGCCAGCCGCCGGAUUCCUCCGCCUCUUCGGCCAAGCGGGGCAGAAGCUCGUUGCCUUGGUCUUUCCACCCCCCGACCAUGGAAGAUGGUUUGAAAGAGGAAAAUUCGGAGAAGUCAAAGAGUCCCACUUCAGGAGACAAAGUUGGCUGGAUCAAGAAGAGCAGUGGGGGGCUUUUGAGUCUUUGGAAAGAGCGUUACAUCCGGCUCUGUAAAACCCAGCUCUUUGUAUAUGAAGAUGAGGAGGAACAGAAGUGUGUUGAGAGUCUUGAACUGGAGCACUAUGAGAGAUGCCAAGAUUUGCGAGCACUCCUGAAAAGGAAAAACCGAUUCAUUUUAAUCCAUUCUCCAGGUUGCAAGGUGCAAGAUAUCAAAUUCCAGGCAUCGACCACAGAAGAAAAGGAAUUGUGGAUGAAAGCACUCAAUGAUGGCAUCAACCGAGGAAAGAAUAAAAUAUUUGAUGAGGUAAAAGUUGAUGAAAGUCUUUCCCUGGAUCAUGUAACUCGAGGCAGAGCCAAGAUAGCCCAGAGUCGUCGUCCACCAACCAGAAGCCAUCUGAAGGAGGUGGCUAGUGCAAUGUCAGAUGGAAUCCUAAGGCUUGAUUUAGAUGUACCAGACAGUGGACCUCCAAACAGCAUCCUAGUGACAAGUGAAACUGCUGAAACUCCUCCUCCAAAGGAGACUCAUAAACCUCCGAUGCCCCCUGCAAAAGUGCCCAUGCCUCCUACAGAGAAGCUAAGUGCCAAUCCUACCCCAGAAGAUCCACAGGUCAAGAAGCCCCCCAUACCUCCAGCUAAGCCUCUUAAGGAGGUAGCAGCACCCAGUGAAAAUAUGAACUCUGUGGAAGUAAGCAAUGCAGAAGAGGAAAAAGAUGAUGCUAGUGAAGACUCUGAAAGGACUCCAGUUGAAGAUUUUGUGGAAACCAACCCUCCAGUACCUCCUCCGAAGAUUUUAUCUGACAAAAUGAUGGUAACAUGGGAUGAUCCUGUUUCUGAAUUUCAUGAAGUUGGAACUGAGAAUCAGUUAACAGCUGGCAGUGAGGAGAAUAUCCCUGAAUUAAACAAGGAAACAAUCAAACCACCGACUCCUCCUCCUAAGAUUUUUAAAGCCACCUUGAGCUCCAAAGAGAACAACACAGAGGUAGAAACUUCUGAAGGCGAUUGGCAGCCUGAUGAAGACUCAAAACUUGCGGUCAACGGCAUUGAUGGCAACAGAACCACCGAGCCUGCUUUCCAAGAUGAGAAGGAGCAGGAUGAGCAUUCCUCAGAGCAAGGAGCAAAGGGAGAGGGAUUGAGCCUGCCUUCUGAAGAUCAGGCUGACAUACUGGAGCCUGUGGGAGGUUCUCCAGCUACCAAGCCUCGCAGCUCCUCCCUAGGGGAAUUGCUUUCAGAAUCACCAAAAAAGCCUAUUCUUUGGCCAGAUUUCCAGCAGGGGUCUGUUCUCCACAUGGUGCAGAUGGAGAAGAAAAUUGCCUAUGAAAAGGAACGAACUGAAAAGCUACUGCAGAAGGUUCACUGUGGAGGGUUCGAGCAAGCCCGGAAGAGCAAUGGACCCCCAGUAGAUGCAGCAGAGGAGCUGCUCAGCAAAGCAACUGAACAGCUCAGGCAAGCCACCCAAGUCUUGCAAGAGGUCAAAGAUUUAGACGAACUGAGAAGGGAACCUACCAGUUUCCGGAAAGGCGUCCCGAAGGACCUAGUGACCGUUUACAGGAGAAGUGUUCCCUAAGAAGGAACUGAAUUCUGAAUUGUGACUUAGCUGAAAUGUAGCCAGGGAGCACAAUUUCUACCGGGCUACUAGACCAGUGGUUUAAACGUGGGUGGAUAGGGCAGCAGCUGAGUCUUACCAAGCAAUGCUUACUUUUACACUGCCACUUUUGUAACCUCAGGCUGUGGGCUGGAUCCUGCUGGGUGGGGUGUGCUAGAGAGGGAUUUGGGUAGAAGGCCCCAGGGAAAGAUCUGUUUUUGGAACUCAAGCAGUAACUGGAAGACCUAGGGACUUCCUACCAGGGGUGCCUAAAACAGUUCGAAUGCAGAACAGUUUGAGUUUGAACUGAGUUCAUCCACCAUUUGAGAAGCACCUCCAACUUGAUAGAAGCCUCUUCUGAGCUCAGAAUGGUGUUCAGAAUUCGAGGUGUUGCCAUUUUGAGUUAGGAACACAGUGGGUUGGAGCAGGAACAUUGUGCAUCCAGGACAGCCUGGGACGUUUCGAGUUAGAAAAGUUGUGCCCAGCCCUGGUUCCUGUCCUUCUGCUUUGUUCUCACGCUCUGUCUGAGACGAGUUUGCAAAGACUGUGCCGAGAUCAACUGCAGGAUGAGAUCUGAGUGGGUCGGGCAAGAAUGAGGCUGUAGCACUUUCUAACCUUUUUUUCACUCAGGGUUAAUGCAGGGGGGCCCAUGGGAGGCAGGGCUGAAGCAAGCAGUGGGUGGGGUCUUCUUUGAUACCCCUUUUUUCUCCUUUGUGCUCCCCUCUUCUUCGUUUUUCCUUCUUUUUCUGACUCUCCUUUUGAAUGGCUCUGCUGCAGAGGGCUUUCUGCAUGCUCGUUCCAGCUUUAUUUAUUUCUCCCAAGCCAUGCAUCCUUGCAAGUGGUGGUGGUAUGUGCGCCCUGCACUCAAAAACAUGCACACUUACCACCAAGAUAGCCAGUGAUGUUUUGAUGAGGCUCCCAAUAUGUAGGAUUUGGUGGCGAUGGGUGGUUUCUUCUCUGGAUAUCUGAGUCUUGUCCAGCCAGGGACCAAACUGAACUGCAGCAUCAGAUUUGGAAACUCACCUAGUUCACACAUCAUCCACUUGCUUGGUGUUGGUUUAGUAUGUUGCGUGUUGCUCACCUCUUGUGGCUGAUUCAGCAAACGAUGGUUAUGCAAAGUGUAGCUUAGCACAGCAU